CUGAUUUCCAUUUCCAGCACAUAUUUAACACAUUUAUUUGCAAAUAUCAUACAUUUAAAAAAAGAAAACAAAUUUUUCUUGAUACAUGUAGUAAUACAUGUUAUAUUAGUUGACAAGCUUCUACUGAAUAUUUAAUACUCUAAAAAUUUUUUGGAAUAAUUAUUGUAAUGAAAUUGAACCAUCUAUUAAUUUUAUUGGCACGAAGAAAAUGGUGAUAAAAGUUUAAUAAGUUUCAUAAAAAUACAUUAACAAAAUCUGUCGGAAUUGCGAAGGAAAUGCACUGCGGUUCUCUGUAAAUAGUGCGAAAGAAGAAAAUCUAGGUAUCACUGCGCUACGUUACCCCCGCCAUUAUUGUAGAGUACCUGGCUACAUGGUGAAUUACUUUACUCUUUCAAAGUUAACUAUACUUUGAUAGAUUUCGUAAUUCUGUUUUUUUUUACCUUGAUAAAAACAGAUAUAAACGUCUAAUCACGAGUUAGUGCCAUGGAUGGAUACUCUGAUGAUAUAGACAAAGAUAUUAAUCGGUUUAAAGAGGAUUUAAGUAUGUUUGAAGUACCCACACCACAAACAUACUGGCGCGAGGUGACAGCCAAAAAAUCAGACACAUCUGCAGGAGAAGAAUUUAAAUGCAAACAGAGCCUAUAUAUGGCACACAUGCAGCAAAAACAGUCUGCACAAAUGAAAUAUAGUCAAAAAACACUUGUAAGUUCAACUGGUUUCGGCUCCGGUAUCGAACACCCUUCUAACUUGCUUCAUCACCACCAACAGCUACAUCAACAGUUAAUGCAUAUUCGAGGAGAUUCGAAGCCACCGAUUCCGAUCCUUCUUGGUCAGUCAAAUUUAGGAACAACUUCUAAUAUGAAACCAGUAAUGUCCAUAUUUCCUCAACCAGGUAGUAACUUAUUACCUUUUCAUACUCCGUCUAUCACAGGUUCACCUCUUGGAGAACCAACAUCGUCCUUGAUAUCAUUUCCUCGUUAUUCGGACACGGUAGGGUUAAGAAAUUCUUCCUCUGCAACUUCUUCUUCUUUCCCAAGUAGUACUAUUCCGCCACCACCACCUCCACCUUCAUCUGCAGCCUUGGCUGCGGCAGCCGCUGCACAUGCUUCACCUCCACUUUUACCUCUUCCAGGUAUUGUAAUGACGACAUCCACUUCAACUCCAACUAUGAUACCCAUACAGAUAAAUUCUAACCAGUCUUUGUCUAAUGCUGCUAAUACUAAUGUUAACACCAGGUCACAACAAUCUGGUUCGACUUUUUCUAGUCCCCGUUCAAGUCUAGGUAGUGGCGGUGGUGCUGAUUCUAAAAAUUCCAGUCCACGUACUAGUGUCAUCGGACCACCAGCUCCACCUUUACCUUUGUCAGUAGUUUAUGAUCAACGAAUGAGUAGUCCACGAUCUAGUAUAGCCAGUUCGAAAUCUAGUGUUAGUGCUGGUUCAAUAGAUUCCAAACAAUCUAGUCCAAGAGCCAGCCUAACAGGAGUUUUGUAUGAUCGAUACCCUAGUCCUAGAAGUAGUAUUGUUAUGACUAACAACGAAAGGUCUUUCAGUUCCCAUCCUGACACCAUACUUAAUUCGAAUACUUACUCAUCUCAUGUUAAUCACCAGACUAUGAUGGUGCAAAAUACCAAUACAGGCGGCGGUUCUCGAUCAAUUUUAACUGACAGCAGAUUUAAUGAACCGGCUCCACAUAUUUACAAUGAGCUUAAAUAUCGAACUCAUCCUAUUAUUGUCUCUUCCCCUUCGACUGACAUAACUUCCGAUUCCACAACACAGCCAAUUUAUGCUAAUACUACUCAGUUCUUACAAACAUCUGUAAAUAAUACUACACAAAAUCAAAGCCCCUACAUCAGUGGCGGUAUACCUAUUCAAACCACUGCUCACAACAUUCCUCGACCUCCUGUACCAGGUAAUAUCGCAUCAAUGAAUUUGCCAUUAUAUUAUGAAACAAUACCUCCGAAAAAAAAUGGACUUUCGGAUGCUGAAGAGAAACUUGCUGCCUUAACACAACAGUUAGAAAAUGAUAUGCGUAUAUCGACAACUCGUAAACCCGUUGAUAUCCCUAAGGAACCUCCUCCACCUUAUCAUGGUCCUCAUAAAACUGAACCAAUGCCUGGUAGUACAUCAUCAAGAGUUCCUUUGAAAUAUGCCAAUGCACCAACAAGUGUUGCGAAUGAGGACAUGGUAUCUAAUCAAUUCUCGCAACCCACUUCAACAUAUAUUCAACCGACUUCAGAGACUCUUCCAAAAUUAUCUGUUUCACCACAUCUAACUUAUCAAGUGACCCCUGGACCAAGCAAAGGUCCAUCUGAAGCAGAAAAGAAACUAGCAGCUUUAACACAACAGCUAGAAGAUGAUAUGGAGAAUAAUCCUCAGGGAGAGUACUAUGGGCAAUGUUUCAAAUGUAAUGAGAAGGUGACUGGUAGCAAUGAGGCAUGUCAGGCUAUGGGGAACUUAUAUCAUACAAAAUGCUUUGUAUGUUGUUCUUGUGGCCGUACUCUGCGAGGGAAAGCAUUUUACAACGUCCAUGGAAAAGUCUACUGUGAAGAAGAUUACCUUUAUUCUGGUUUUCAACAAACUGCUGAUAAAUGCUGUGUUUGUGGUCAUUUGAUCAUGGAUAUGAUCUUACAAGCAAUGGGUAAAGCUUACCAUCCUGGUUGUUUCCGCUGUUGUCAGUGUAAUGAAUGUUUAGAUGGUGUACCGUUUACAAUUGAUGUUGAAAACAAAAUAUAUUGUGUUGCUGAUUAUCACAGGAUUUAUGCUCCAAAGUGUGCAGCCUGUGGUCAAGCAAUCACACCUGUUGAGGGCACUGAAGAAACAGUUCGUGUUGUGUCAAUGGAUAGGGAUUUCCAUGUUGACUGCUACCAUUGCGAGGAUUGUGGUAUGCAACUUACAGAUGAACCUGAUAAGCGAUGCUAUCCAUACCAGAAUACAUUGCUCUGCCGAGAUUGUCACAUAAAACGCCUCAAUGCCCGCUAUCCCGAUGAGCAGUUUUGCAUUGAUCCUGUUACUCAGCUUAUUAAAACUAUAAAUAGUGAAAACUCUAAAGUGGAUUCUCCAGGUGGCUCUUUUGGUGGAACUGUUGGAGAUUUUGCUCCUGCCACAAUCAGUGUUCUUACAGCUCCACGUAUGAAUACGCCGGCUGGUUAUCGUGGCUCAUAUUGCAGCAAUAGUACUGUAGGAGAUGCAAAUGGUGCUAACACUAAUACUCACAAUUUUAGCUCUGGCCAAGAACAGUAUUUGCUAUCAAACAAUUAUCAAUCAUCACAAAGACCAUAUGAUCAAAAAGCACCUUCGUCUCCUGUAAAAUCUUCAAUGAAAUACCAAAUUACAGAACUUUGAUACUGAUGGUAUAUGAUAUAUACAAAAUGAUGUUUUGUAAACUUCUUAUUGUGGUUCUUUGACUAAAACAAAUAAUGAUGUCGGAAAGCAUAUUCAAGUUUGACAGGAAAACAUAUAAAGCUUGAUAUGUCUUGAGUUUCUUUAAUAUAACCAAUUUUACUUUGUUGGAAUAUCAUAGAAAUUUAUUCUUUUCUAUUAUCUAGUAUUUAUUACUGCUUAUGAAUAAUUUCUAUUGAAUAUAUUAUUAUUGUUCCUCACCCUGAAAUCUUAAGUUUUGAAAAAGAACUUUACACAGCUGUUUGGUUGAGAAAAUUGGAAUCUCUCACCUAAUAAAUAUAAUUUUAUCUUGUAAACUGCAAUUUUAUAGAAUACUUGAAGGAAAUUUCUAUAUUCCAGAAAUAUGGCACAAGUAAAUCCAGAGACAUAGUCUUCAGCAAUGCUAUAUUGCUAAUAAGAUUUUUCAUAGUAACUUUAAUUUUUGAUAUUUUACCAACCAUGCAUAAUUUUUUAUUUAAAAAAUUUUUUUGUUUAAUAAAGGUUUUUUUUUUCCAGUUGGAUUUUUCAAUUCCUUUUUAAAGCUGUAAAUAUUUAGAGUUUUACUACCUGAUUCUUAAAUGUAUGAAUUUAGUUGUAAUUAAUGAUACAAACAUUCUGAAAUAACAAUUAAAUCUUUUAAAUAUUUGAAGAGAUUUAUUAAAAGUAAUGUAAAUAAAUAAAUGAAAAUUUUGGUUUUACUAUUUACAAGAAUUGGAAUUAAAAUAUUAGAUGUUAAAAUAUUUUUUCAAGGUCAUCUUUUUUAUUUUUAAAAUUUGUUAUCCAUUAUUGAUUCACUUGGAUUUAUAAGAAGCAGUAUAGCAAUACAGUUGUUCUUUGGCUACUAGUAAAAGCCUUUGAAGUUUAAGAUAAAGCAGUGAUCUGAUUAUAUAUAUAUAUAUAUAUAUAUAUAUAUAUAUAGUUACCAAAUUCCAUGUUUAUUUAAGUUUAUUUGAAUGUUUUCUUCCAGAUAUAGUGUUUCAGGUUAGAGCUUAUUUCUGUUGUUGACACCUCCACUUAAACUAUAACAUUCACUGGAAAAAUCUGUAUAUAAAACAUAUAGUUUAUAUAAUGUUUCACACAAUUUCCAAAGACCUAAGAAGUUUGCACAAAAUAUGUUGUUAUGAUAUGACAAUACUUUUGAUGCCUAAUAAUCAAAAUUGUUAUCUCAUAUGACUGUACAUUAAAAGAAAACUAGAAAUCAAUGAGAAGAUUAUCAGUUACUGAGUUUAAAGAUUUAAGUAGAAUGAAGUAAACCUUUACAUAUACUACCUUCAUAUUUUAGUAACAUUUUUCAGUUCAAGGAGUAAUUAAGGACUUUAAAAAUAGUAAGGUGUGAUUACAUAGCUUUGUAAUAAAUGUAAGAAAGAGAGGGGCAUUUUUUUUUUCAUUGAUGAUGGUUGUUACUUUUAGUAACUUGUUAGACAAAUCACUAUAUAUCAUCAAUUAUCAAAUCUUGAAUGAUAUGUAUACAUCAAUUCAGAAUUUUGAUUCUUAAUUAGUAUGAAAUGUCUCACUUCACAAUUGUAUAAAAUGAUUAUUUAUAAUUAUAUUUUGUAUCUAGUAUAUUAAAUGUUUUUAUUACAUAGAAAUAAUUCCAUUUACAUAUUGUUUCAUUUUAUUUUAUAUUAUCCUUCUAUUAUCAUGCACUUGCUAACAACUUUUGGACAAUACUUCAAAUUAUUUACACUUAUUUCAAUUUUUUUUUACUUCCUAAAGUCCUCCACUUAACUGGUUGAAUUGAAUUAUCUAAUUUAUAUAAUAAUCAAAAUAACAUAAUUUAAUAUUUCUAUUACAUUACUAAAUGUUUUGAGUUCUAUUUUUUAUGGUCUAGGUUUUUUUGUUAAGUUCAGAUUGAUUAUUUAUUCAGUUCUAAUAUUAAUUUUUUUUAUUGCAUUUUAUUAAAUAACAUUGCUUGAGUAGAGGUCUCUGAUGAAACAAUCACUUAUUUCACUGCACAAUAGCAUCUGAGCAACUCAGAUGCAAAAAAAUACCACAAGGUUUGUGGCACUGGUUUAUCAGAUUUCUUGAUUGUUAUACUUUUCACCAAUAUAUAUAAAUGAAAGAUAUAUGCACAUACAUAUGUAUAAAAUGGGCUUCCAUACUAGAUAUUGAUCAACAUGAGGCUAUGAUAUAAGACAUUUGCCCAAAGUUUCUCACAGUAGGAUCAAAUCUGAACCACAUGCUUGUAACGGAAACUUACUGAUCAAACAGCUAUGCCUGUUAUUUUUUGUCAUGAAAUGCUGAAAUAAAUACUACCAAGCUUCAUCUUAAUCAAAUAGUACUUCACUGAUUAAGGUUAUCAAUCAAAAUAGGUAACUGGUGAUGUAAAUAACAUAAACUGAAUAUUUGUUGUGGUUUUGUGAUAAUUCUUGGAUAACUAAGGAAACAAAAUCUCAUGAAUUACAUAAAAUAAUUUUAAAGUUUACUACACUUACAUGAAAUAAGACUGAGUUACUCAGUUAUUAAUCAGGUAGAGAAAGAGUAAGCAACAAACACUCAGACAAGUGAGAUUAAUGCUGUUGAUAUUCAGCUUAAAUUUACGUAGGUUGAUGUCUGGGGGAAAAAACAUUGUGAGACCUGAAUGUGAAACUGUAAGACUGAUAUGAGUCAAAUGAACUUCAUUGGAAGAUGAUUUUAUUUUAAUAGUUCAAAGGAGCUGAGGGUGUUAUAAUGGAGAUUAUAGAAGUGAAUAUAGCAAAGAAACAUGUGAAUCAGUUUUCUUUCUGAUACCAGCUUAACUUGUUUGAACACUGAUUAAACAAACAGGCUACACCUACAUCUCUAGCUCAGCUCUCCAGACGUACUGACCAAGCUACAUUAACAAUACUAGCUCAGUUUACCAGACCUCUUGACCAACUGACACUGUGUUACAUUGAUACCAUUUGUUCAGUUCUCCAGACCUUGUGAUCAAGUUAUAUUAACCUCUGAGAUUCAGAUUUGUAGUCCUAGUCACCAGUUAUACAUUAACAUGAGUUUUUCUAUUCUCCUUUCUCUUCGUAACUGUUAUCCAUCAAUCAUGAUUUACGAAAACAAAAUUAUUAAAGCUAUGAAAUUUACUCCAGAAUUAUGUGAUAAGUAUUGUCAUCACCUAAAUAACAUUUAUAAAAUUAAAGUUGUGCAUUUAAAAUAGAAGCUGACAAUCAAGUGCAUUUAUUUUUUUUUACUAGACUUCAUAAAUUACCUAAAUUGAGAAUUUAGACAAGUUAAAAACUCUGGCUAUAAAACUUCAUUGGUUACUCUUUAUUUCUUCAUAUAUUUAGCAAGUUCAAUAAGUUAGUUUCUAAUUUUAUUUUGUCUUCAUCACUGCCAUGACAAUCAUGUUAAACUAUAUAAAAUUAUUUACUACUCAGUAUUUUUCAUUCAAAUAAUUUGCUUAUUCCAAAUUUCUUGAAAUUCAUCUAACCAACUCUCUAACUUUCAGAAGCAGUGACUUGUAAUGUGCCAUCAUGGUAUUAGUCAAACAAUACAUAUUUUCUUGAAAAAGAUUUGUAUUCACUAUUGUCUAUAAUAUCUUAUAUAUCAGUAAAUAUAUGUUAUUUUGUUGAGGUUGUUUAAAUUUCAAAUUUGAAAACAAUUGACAUUUUAUUGAUAUAUUUAAUGUCAAUCAUACAAAAUGCCAAAGGAAUCUUUUUCCAAUAAUCCUCCAAGUAUUAUAUCCUUAAUAUUGUGAGCAUCCUGUGAAAAGUUGAAAGAGCAUGUAAUUUAUUCCUCCAACAUGUUGGAUUUCAUCUUAGAUGGAAGCUGGCCACACUUACCUUUAUUCUUUCCUAACAUUUUAUACAACAGCACAUUUUAGUUUUGUACCUUGAAACCCUUUUUUAAAGUUCUCUAAUAUUAACAAUCUAAACAUUAUGAAAAAUAAUUACAGUUAUCUAGAUAAUACUUUUCCCUCCUGGUAUGGUUCACACAUCUGAUGACAGAUUUUUCUCUUUGAAGAAAAACCAUAAGUAUGUAGGCAUGAUAUGAUGGACCUGGAGAUUAUUAGAGAAUGAAAGGGACAACUUAAUAUUACUCAUUUUCAAGAAACCUUCAAGAUUUAUAGUGUUUUUAUUAUAUUGUUUUUAAAGAAAAUACUUUUUUAUCCAACCGUUUUUUUUUUUUUGCCAGUGAGAAAAUUCUUUGCAUUUCAUUUAUUUUGGCAUAAUUUUUUUUAAUGUAAUAGUUUACAAAAUUAAUAAACAAAUCUUGCCAAUCUAUACAGUUGAAUUUCAUUUCAAUAUCUGUUUAGUACUUUAAAGAAACGAGAUUCCUAUAAGUUAUUCAUCAUAAAUAAAGUUGUUUGACACUUGAAGCUUAGAUUUUUAAGGGCAUCCUUACAUGUAGUAAUUAAUUUUUUAAAUCAAAUUACCUUUAGUAAGCAAUUAAAGGGAAUCAAAAAAAUAUGUCUUAAUACAAAUAUUUCCUACAAGUUUGUGAUAACAGAAUAACUUCAUAAACCUACUAUUGAAAAAACUUCGAUUGUUGAAAGACAAAAUGUGUUGAGAGAGAUAAUAUAAGUUAAAGCUCUCUUUUUUUUUUUCUUAUAUAAUUCUCCCAUGGUAACUAUAAUUUAAUAAAUGUUCUCACAGUCAUGUUAUGUUAUGAAAUUUCAAAUAAAAAAAUAUUUCAGUUUA